UUUGUAGUAUACGUUCACGUAUUCAUUAUGAAUUUUAACAAUAAAGUUGUCUUAGUAACCGGUGCUGGUUCUGGAAUAGGAGCUGCAAUAGCAAAAGGAUUUUCAGAAAAUUCAGCUAAAUUAUCUCUAAUCGAUAUAAACGAAGAGAAUUUAGAUAAAACUGUUGAAGCAUGUAAAGCAAAGAAAGUGGAAGUCAUAAAAAUAAUAGCUGAUUUAACUAAAGAUGAAGAUGUUAAACGGACAAUAGACAGUACUGUAAGGAAAUUUGAUAGAAUUGACAUAGUUGUUAACUGCGCUGGCAUCUGUGGUUCGGGAAGUAUUUUAGAUCCUAAUUUGUUACAGAAAUUCGAUGAAACAAUAGCUAUUAAUUUAAGAACAGCAAUUGUUGUUACUAAUAACGUAGCUCCUCAUUUAAUUGAAAGUAAAGGAAAUCUUAUAAACAUAUCUAGUAUAUGUGCGACUUUAACAACUAAGUAUAUGGUUCCUUAUAACGUGGCUAAAGCUGGUUUGACACAUUUCACGAAAUCAGCAGCUUUGGAAUUAGCAGAUUAUGGUGUUAGAGUUAAUUGUAUUUCUCCGGGAUAUGUUAAGACACCUUUCAUGUUGAACUCUGGGAUAAGUGACAAUUAUAUUGAUGCAGCAUUGAAAGCAUGUGCUCAUAUUGUACCUUUAAAACGUGUUUUGGAACCAGAAGAAAUUGCUGCAAUGGCUUUAUUCUUAGCCAGUGAUAAGGCUAGUGGUAUAACGGGUGCUGAUUACGCUGUUGAUGGAGGAUUAUUAUUGACAGGUCUUAAUGCUUUAUCUGAACAUAAAUUUUACUAAUGACCUUGAACAAUGUAAAUUAGAGUUUCUUCAAGAAAUUUCUUCACUUCUUGCACAAGAUAAUGAAAAUUUGUUAAGUUGUCAAAGUUUAUGGCAUUACGGGUUUAUUUAUGUAUUUCCAUUAUAUUAGCACUUUUAAUAAAAUUAUAAUUAUUA